GGAGCCAGGUUUCUUCAAUCCGAGUGAUGCGAAAAGGCAUUUGCUAUGCGAUGCUAGGGGGAAGGCUUCCACGAGUCCGGAAUCUCGUUGUCUAUGCAGUCAUUUGACCCGGGGUGGUGAGGAGAAGCCUGAGUCGAGAGAAGUUAGAUAGGCAUGAGCGCACAAUUAUUUUUAUUUUUUAUACAUUUACCCUCUGGUCUAUCGGACAGUUAAAUCAUAGUAAAGGAAUAUUUGAGCCGGUUUGCUUUUUCUUCGUGAGUAAAUGGAUUUAUGAUAAAAGACGAACGGAUCUUCUAUCGAUUCUAAAAUCUAUUAGAACUGGAUUAGGCGAAAUUUGUGACAAAAGUACAACUAGACUCAAUCAUAUUUUAUUGUAGCCGAUGUAGGCCUAUGCUAAAUGUUUUCCUCUUUCUACGUAGCUACUGACAUUUUGAGUUCUAUGAUCUGGGAUUGGGGCACGCUUUUCUCAGGAGCGAUUUUUCUCUUGAUUGCCUUGCGGAUUUUAUUUUAUUUUAGGCAAGUAGGAUAAACGUGGGUAAAGGCAAACCUCUUUUAAAAGUUUCCUCUUGAUACUGGAGCGUCUUUACGGGCUAAAGUUAACGACGUUGGAUAUUCAAGCUUUUGUAAAGUUUUAACAUCAAAUCUCGCACUCUGAGUACGACAUUUUUCUACGCUGGCUGUUUCGUCGACCCUCAAGAAGGUUGGCACAGUGACUGGCUCAGUGCUGAUUCCCCAGCGGUCCCGAUGGCAUUCCAUUCACAGAGCAAUCAACAGCUGUAGCGGCCCUCACAGGAUGUUGGCGGUGCGGAGUACGCUGGUGGUUCUGGCCUUGCUUGCCCACAUUUUACCAUCCCAGGCCCGGCCUGCCAUCCCUGAUGAAGUCAUCCCUGUGCCACCUGUGGAAAUCCAAGCAGAGCGCUACACCCUUUACCCUGGGGACCGACUGGAGCUGAGCUGUAAAACCGAGUCAGUCAAUUGGACCAAGGACCACGCAGUGGUGGUGGAUGGGGAGCACACACGCUUACGAGACGGCCAGCUGGAGAUCGAGGGAGUGGAGCCGGCUGACUCUGGCCUGUACACCUGCGUCACCUUUGGCAACCACAGCUCUUACUUCUCUGUCAAUGUCACAGUUGAUAUCCUGGCAUCCUCUGAAGAUGAAGACGAGGAGGAUGAGUCUUCCUCAGAGGAGGCAAAGAUGUCUAGCAGUCAAAAGCUUUUACCAAUGGCCCCUCAGUGGGCUCAGCCCGAGAAGAUGGAGAAAAAGCUGCAUGCUGUCCCAGCCAGUAAGACGGUCAAGUUCCGCUGCCAGGCCAGUGGAAACCCCACCCCAACACUCAAGUGGUUCAAGAACAGCAAGGAAUUCAAGAGGGAUCAGCGCAUCGGGGGCUUCAAGGUUCGAGAACACAUGUGGACCAUCAUCAUGGAGUCAGUGGUGCCAUCUGACAAGGGGAACUACACCUGUGUAGUUGAAAACAAACAUGGAAGCAUCAACCACACUUACCAGCUGGAUGUUGUUGAGCGUUCCCCACACAGACCCAUCCUGCAGGCCGGACUGCCAGCCAAUCUCACUGCGGUGGUGGGCAGUGAUGUGGCGUUUGAGUGUAAGGUGUUCAGUGACCCCCAGCCUCACAUCCAGUGGCUGAAGCACAUCGAGGUCAAUGGGAGUCGCGUUGGUCCUGAUGGCUUACCCUACGUCCGCGUCCUCAAGCACUCUGGGGUCAAUAGCUCGGACACUCAGGUGUUGACCCUCUACAAUGUCACUGAGGAGGAGAGCGGGGAGUAUAUAUGUAAAGUGUCCAAUUAUAUAGGAGAGGCCAAUCAGUCGGCCUGGCUGACCAUCGUCAGGCAUGAGGCCCAAGCAGUCCCCCGCUCCCCACCACCCAACCAAACCUACCUGGAAGUGCUGAUCUACUGCGUGGGCUUCUUCCUCAUUGCUGUCAUGGUGGCUGUGGCCAUCAUCAUCAAGAUGCGCACCUCGUCCAAGAAAAGUGACUUCAACAGUCAGCUGGCUGUCCACAAGCUGGCUAAAAGCAUCCCCCUGCGCAGACAGGUAACAGUGUCAGUGGACUCUAGCUCCUCCCUCCACUCCGGGGUGAUGUUGGUGCGCCCCUCCCGUCUCUCGUCCAGCGGCUCUCCUAUGCUGUCUGGGGUGUCUGAGUACGAGCUGCCCCAGGACCCACGCUGGGAGCUGCCCAGAGACAGACUGGUGCUUGGGAAGCCCCUGGGAGAAGGCUGCUUUGGCCAGGUGGUGAUGGGAGAGGCUUUAGGGAUGGACAAAGAGAAGCCAAACAGGGUCACCAAAGUGGCCGUCAAGAUGCUCAAAUCUGAUGCUACAGAGAAAGAUCUGUCAGAUCUGAUCUCCGAGAUGGAGAUGAUGAAGAUCAUUGGGAAGCACAAGAACAUCAUUAAUUUGCUGGGAGCCUGUACCCAGGAUGGCCCUCUCUAUGUUAUUGUGGAGUAUGCCUCCAAGGGAAACCUCCGGGAGUACCUGAGAGCUCGGCGGCCACCAGGCAUGGAGUACUGCUACAACCCUGACCAGGUGCCCAUAGAGAACAUGUCUAUCAAAGACUUGGUGUCCUGUGCCUACCAGGUGGCCCGCGGCAUGGAGUACCUGUCCUCUAAGAAGGUAACAUCAGGAUCCGACUCUACCUACAUCAGCACAUGUAUCCACCGAGACCUUGCUGCCCGCAACGUGCUGGUGACAGAGGACAACGUGAUGAAGAUCGCAGAUUUUGGCCUGGCCAGAGAUAUCCACCAUAUUGAUUACUAUAAGAAGACCACCAAUGGUCGUUUACCAGUCAAGUGGAUGGCCCCAGAAGCUCUAUUUGACAGGAUAUACACGCACCAAAGUGAUGUAUGGUCUUUCGGGGUGCUGCUGUGGGAGAUCUUCACCCUGGGGGGCUCGCCGUACCCGGGGGUCCCUGUAGAAGAGCUGUUCAAGCUGCUGAAGGAGGGCCACCGCAUGGACAAGCCCUCCACCUGCACUCACGAACUAUACAUGAUGAUGAGGGACUGCUGGCAUGCCGUUCCCUCUCACCGGCCCACGUUCAAACAGCUGGUGGAAGACCUGGACCGCACCCUGGCCAUGACGUCCAACCAGGAGUACUUGGAGCUGUCUGUGCCUCUGGACCAGUAUUCCCCCAGCUACCCUGACACUCGCAGCUCCACCUGUUCCUCUGGCGAGGACUCUGUCUUCUCCCACGAUGCUGGGGCUGAGGAGCCCUGCCUGCCAAAGUUCCCUCCCCAUUCCAACGGGGUGGCCCUCAAGAAGCGCUGAUACCUCACUCCCCUCAAACACCCUGACAUUCCUCUUACUGUCGUUCCUUCUCUGCACCACUGGCCUGGUAUGAACUCUCCCAACCCUCCCAGAGACUAGGCAAAACACUGGUGGAGAGUGGGACAAAGCUUAAUUCUGAAACUUUUAAACGUACCGGUUGGGCAUCAAGGACUCAAGGCUGCAGCAGUUUCUUGGCUCGUGAUUGAAGUGGAUAUGUUUUCGGGGCACUUUGUAUUGCUGGGAUUGUCUUUCUUUUUGUGUCAAACGGUGCAGGAGAAGGAAAGACUAAUUUCUCCACUUUGGGCAUUCCAUGGAACAAGAUAAACAGACCGUACUAAACUGAAAGAAUUAUGAAUUGGAUGGAUUUGAGUUAGGAUUAUGUCUGUUGUAUUUUUCCAAUGUUCAUCAAUAAUAAAUGAAAUUAUUUUGCUUUUAAGACCAAAUCCAGAGAAUAUAUUAACAAGGGACAGUCAUACAGUGCCUUCAGAAAGUGUUCACACCUUUUGACCUUUUCAAAAUGUUGUUGUUACAAAGUGGGAUUAAAAUGGAUUGAAUUAUCAUUUGUUGUCAACGAUCUAUACAAAAUAGUAAUUUCUAGGUGGAAGAAAAAUAUUCUGGAAAAAUAUGAGCAAUAAAACACUAAUAUACCUUGAUUAGAUAAGUAUUUAUAUUCCUGAGUCAAUACAUGUUGUAAUCAACCUUGGCAGUGAUUCCAACUGUUAGUCUUUCCUGGAUUGUAAAAUUAUAAAGUUGAAUUCUUUGACAUUUUUUUGCAGUUUUACUUGCAUGCAUGUUAUGGAAUAUUUUUUAACCUUUAUUUUAACUAGGCAAGUCAGUUAAGAACAAAUUCUUAUUUACAAUGACGGCCUAGGAACAUGACGGCAGAACAGGGGCAGAACAACAUAUUUUUACCUUAUUAGCUCGGGGAUUUGAUCUAACAACCUUUCGGUUACUGUCCCAACGCUCUAACCACUAGUCUACCUGCCGCCCCAGGUACAGGCUUCCUUCUUUUCACUCUGUCAUUUAGGUUAGUAUUGUGGAGUAACUACAAUGUUAUUGAUCCUCAGUUUUCUCCUAUCACAGCCAUUAAACUCUGUAACUGUUUUAAAGUCUCUUUUGGCCUCAUGGUGAAAUCCCUCUACGGCAACUGAGUAAGGAAAGACGUCUGUAUCUUUGUAGUGAUACACCAUUCAAAGUGUAAUGAAUAACUUCACCAUGCUCAAAGGGAUAUUCAAUGUCUGCUUUUUUAUUUUGACCCAUCUACCAAUAGGUGCCCUUUGCAAGGCAUUGGAAAACCUUCCUGGUCUUUGUGGUUGAAUCUGUGUUUGAAAUUCACUGCUCGACUGAGGGACCUUACAGAUUAUUGUAUGUGUGGCGUACAGAGAUGAGGUAGACAUAAAAAAAGCAUGUUAAAACACUUAUUGCAACUUAUUAUAUGACUUAUAAAGCAAAUGUUUACUCAUAGACUGUAGGCUUGCCAUAACAAAGGGGUUGAAUACUUAUUGAUUCAAAACAUGUCAGCUUUUCAUUUUUUUGUCAUUUCAAAAAACGUUAUUUAACUUGACAUUAUGGGGUAUUGUGUUUAGGCCAGUGACACAAUCUCAAUUUAAUGUAUUUUAAAUUCAGGCUGUAACACAACAAAAUGUGGAAAAGGUCCAGGGGUGUGAAUACUUUUUGAAGGCACUCUACCUUGUAUAUGUUGGUGCAGUGGUCAGUUAUUUCAUUCAUAUUACAAUCUCCUUGUAAAUACAGUUAAAUUUAUAAAUAUGAAUAUAUAUUUACACAGCACUCUUUAUUUUUAUUACCAUGUUUUUUAUUUUCUUUUUGUACAAGGAAGCUUAUGUUUGAUCCAUUUGGGUAUAGUCCAUAAGGGGAGUUGGUACAUGAAAAUAACUAUAUUGUAUUAAAUAUUACUUGGCCAGUUUUUGCUAUUUCUACAUUUGUCAGCUUUGCUUUUUUACCAUUAAUCAAUUGGCUGCUUAACCACUAGUGGAAACAUAUGUAUUUUCUAUCAAUCUUUUCAGGUCCAAAUGGUUUUUCAUGACAACCUGCAAUACAGCGUUAUUCUUAGCUCAAUGUCUGCAGUUGGUGUCGAUCAGAGACACCAGCAAUGUUCCUUUUACUAAACUCCAUGCUGUAGUUGUGCGUGCAUACAUAUGUUUAAUGUCUGAAGUGUAUGCUUGUGUACUUGUACGUUGUGGGAGUGUGCGUGUGAGGGUUUAGUCUUUUAUGUACCUCUUCCCAUUCAUGAUCUGUCGUUUAUUUUAAGUAUGAUCACAACUGUAAAGAUUUCUAGUUGUUAACCAUGCUUAUUAAAAAGAACCAGAAUUCUAUGCUUUAGAUAACACCAUGCACUUUCAUUGUGCAUGCCUGCCAUGUAAUGACCGUAUCCUCUUCAUGCUUUAACAGGAGGUCCGUUUGUUUUCAGGGAUCUUCUGAUAAAGGUUUGCAGAGCACUUAUGUCGUCGUAAAAGAAUUACAUUAAAUAAAAUGCUAUCGAAAAAAACAAAUCAAUAAAGCUUUCAGAGUUUGAAAGGACUUAAUAAACAGGUGCAUAAAUA